AUGAGGGAUAGGCGAGAACCGCCCACCAAGAGAACCGAUCAUAACAACAACCGCCCACACCUAAGACUGCCCACACCAACAACCGCCCACACCGAAGACCGCCCACACCAACAACCGCCCACACCGACAACCGCCCACACCGACAACCGCCCGCACCAAGAACCGCCCACACCAACAACCACCCACACCGAAGACCGCCCACACCGAAGACCGCCCGCACCAAGAACCGCCCACACCAACAACCACCCACACCGAAGACCGCCCACACCGAAGACCGCCCGCACCAAGAACCGCCCACACCGAAGACCGCCCACACCAACAACCGUCCACACCGAAGACCGCCCACACCAAGAACCGCCCAUCAAGAGGACCGCCCACCCAGCUCGGGUUCCUGGCGACGGCGUGCAUAUCUCUCGGAAAUGGACGCAGAUCAUCGCCGCCCGCCAUUUCCCGCCAAAUUUGAGCGGAUUCGGAGCGCUUCGAAGAUGGCUCGAGUCGACAUCAACGAAGGAUAUUGAGAGUUCGAAUCCUCGCCGUUGUGAAGAGGAGAGGUCUCGCCUCAACGCCCUUACUGCUCCCCCCCCCACCCCGCCCUCCUAUCGCCUUCACGCUCUCACCCUUCAUUCCUCCUCACGCUUCACGCCCCCAUUCCUCAACCCCCCUCGCCUCACGCCCUCAACCCCCCUCACCUCACGCCCUCAACACCCCCCUCCCCUCACGCCCUCAUUCCCCCUCAUUCCUCGCCUCACGCCCCAAGCAACACCCUCCUCCCCAUAA